GGAGAAUUGAAGUGCCCCUUGCUUUAAAGAUUCAAAUACCUACCCCUUAGGUUAUAGGCUUACAGGCUUACAGGCUACAGGCUACAGGCUACAGGCUACCUCAGACUACAGGCUUACACAGGUACACUGAACACCCCUGCAUUCGUACCUACCUACCUUUUCUUCUCGGUACUUGUGACAAGGUGGGUGCCCUGUCAAUUCCCCGCAUCCUUGCCGCCUUCUACCAACCCCCAACCUCCAACCCCGCCGAAAAACGAGAAACGGUCAAGAAAAAGGAAACAAAAGCUUGUUUUCGACUUCACGUUACUCGAAGUCAUCUUGUUUUUUUCUUUCUUCUUUUCUUCCUCUUCUUCCUUAGAUCGCAUCAUUUUCCGUGCUAUCAUCUACUCCUGCGAGCUUGAAAUUAACACAUCACCAAAUCCGAUAUCCCCUCAAUGCGUCUAGUCCAGAGGAUGAAGAUGCCCUCAUCUAUAAUCGUCUUCGGCCUGCUUCUUUAGUUUUCUACCCGAAUACAAUUCUUUUCGAUUCCUUAACAGAAUGAUAAAGAGAGUCUGCGAUAGCCUUCGCUAAACCAUCGUUUUGGCAUCACGACCACAUCACUCGUCUAUCAUUCAUUAUUAGGUCGUUCUAGAUUAUCAAUGCUUUUGUCAGGAUGGCAGACCGCGGUGGAGAUGUCCCGACUGUACUUCCGCCAAUCUAUCAACUUCCAGAAUGGGAGACGAUAACUCACCCUCCUAAACCUCGACAGUCCCUGUUAGGCCGUAUCCUUCCUUCGAGGGAUGCUCUGGAUGAACCGUUAUCCGUCUCGGUUCAACGUUCAACAACCGCGGACCUUGAGCAAGCCAAAGAAGAGCCUGGUCGAGCGUCUACGCUCCCAACAUAUGCUCCUUCAACUGCCGAGAAUAACACGACAAAAUCUAGGCUUGUUUCUUCGUUGCACAAGCGUCUAGAUUUGGUAGUUCCACCACAUCGAACCUACUUCGGACGCUCGCGACGCUUUCUGUUUCUCUGCAUCCUCCUGCCUGUCGCCAUCUUUCUCUUCGUCCUUACCCCGCUGGCCAUCGGCCUUGGUGUUGGUUUAUCACGCCGCUCGUCCAAGACGCAACACUUGCCUCUGCCGAGCAACAAGAGCGUGUUCACUGGCGACUUAACAUACUACGAACCUUCUCUGGGUGCGUGCGGCAUACAGUCGAACAGCGGCGAGAAUAUCGUCUCCGUGUCUCACAUUAUCUUCGAUGCCGCGAGCCAAGGGUCUGAUCCGAACGCGAAUCCGCUUUGUGGGAUGAAGAUCAGAGUUACGAGAGACUUUGUCGAAGCCGGCGUGGGGAACCGGAGCGUGGACGUCACGGUGGUGGACCGAUGUGUCGGUUGUGCGGCUACAGAUCUGGAUUUAAGUACUGCCGUGUUUGAGCAGCUAGCACUGCUGGACACCGGAAGGGUGGUUGGCAACUGGGCAUGGCUGAGCUGAAGAGCCCGUAUGAGAUCCGAAUAUGAGUGAUGAAAGGCAUAUUGUGUUCUGUUUUAGGGGCGUCAUUUGCAUACGGAGUUCGGUAAAUUACGAUUCAAGCCCAGCUAAGAAUAUUUGACAUCUCUAAGCACAAUGCGCUACAGUGACUA